AAGCCACAGCGGCUCUCCUACUUCCUCGUUGCAGGGAAACAUGCUUAUCCUCCCAACCAAGCUGAUUUUUCGAACUUCCCACCACCACCUCACUAACUUAUUCAACGUAGCGGGUUUUGGCUGUUUGCAUCCAGUCCCACGGCAGUCAGACUUCUCGCCUCUCUCGGCAGAUCGAACCCACUAGACUUAGUACGUUCAUUCGAGGAGCUUGUCUCCGGUCCGCGUCCACCGGCAUCGCGUCUUCAUGUUGCCUCCAAUAACGUCCACCAUUUUCGUCCGGAGUUUCCUUUGAGCCCGUCGGACUGCCCUUUCCCGCACCAGCUUGAAGCGUAGUAACGGCUGCGACCACGCGAGAUACCCGCGGUCUCGUCCAGUGGACGCCGCCAUGGCGGCCGUAGAGUAGAAUCAGCUUUCUACUAGUACUACUACUGCCAUUACUACCACUAGUAGUAGUGGAGCCAGUAGCGUCACGCGCGUCAUCAAACGCCACCAGCAGUACCAGCAGCUGCAGGAAUGAUGAGCUUUCCGUCGGUGCGCAAUCCGCGGACCUUGGAGUUGCGCCGCGCGGUGAAGCAAUGAGCUGCUGCUGCUUUGGGGCCACUUGCACCACCCUUCCAUCUUUAUAAGACUCACUCUCUCUCUCUCUCUCCACUGGAGAUCCAAGCCCUAGCACGCCUUGCUCCUCCCCGCCCGAUUCAUAUAGUCGUCCGCCGCCUGUUCGUCAUUCCACAUACCGUACUAGCGACUGAGCGCCGCGGAUGGUUUCAGAGUUCGCCAGCCGCGCAGCUGACGAGUCGGAGCCGUCAACAGCCGGCGGCCGCGGGCGGCGUUGCGGCUGCUUCAACCCGACCACGAUCCUGGGCGAAGUGCGUUGCACCGCGCGGAGCGAUCGCGCACGGCGGUAAUCGCUGCUAGAACGAGUUAGGAUAACCGACGCGCCGACCAAGAGCGUGAAGCUGGAGUCGCCUGGAACCCGCAGAUCCCCCGCAUCCGGCGCUGCAUUGCCGCUGGCGGCAGUAACCUAGUAGGUUACCACCAGUUGGAGCCUCCGUCCUAGUAGUAGGUCUCCGUCCUAGAAGCUCCUCUAAAUCUUCCCGAUAAAGGCUGGAGCGACAAGCACGACACGGCGACGCGAUAGUAGCGUACGCGCGAGAGGAGAGGAGGCGGCGAUGGUGGCGUCGCGCGAGGAGGUGGAGGGCAUGUCGAAGGAGCAGCUGGUGCACGAGGUGCUGCGGCUGUCCGCGCUCGUCGAGGAGCGUGAGCGACACCAGAAGCAGGAAGUGGAUUUCCAGCGUGAUUUAUUGAAGUCCGUGGGGCAGUCCAUUAUAGUCACGGACCUAGAAGGCCACAUCACCUACUGGAACCGCGCGGCGACGGAGAUCUACGGUUGGGAGCCGGAGGAGGUGCUGGGGCGGCUGGUGUUCGAGGUGCUGGCGCUGCCCGCGGAGGACAUGAGCGAGUGCGGCGUGCAGCUCUUCGCCGCGCUCUCCAAGGGCGAGAAGUGGUCCGGCGAGUGGUCCGUGCGCACCAAGGGCGGCGACAUCAUCGACAUCAUGGUGGUGGACACGCCGGUGAUGGACGAGGCGAACCAGCUGGUGGGGGUGAUUGGCGUGAGCACGGACAUCAGCGAGCUGAAGCGCAAGGAGGCGGAGAUCCUGCGGCUGAACGCGGAGCUGGAGCAGCGCGUGGCGGAGCGCACGCAGCAGCUGCAGGAGAGCAACCGCCUGCUGCAGGAGGAGGUGCAGGAGCACCUCCGGGCCAGGGAGCACCUGCACUGCGUCGCCCGGGACAUGGAGGCAUCGCGGUCGAAGAUCCUGGAGCAGGCGAAUCGGCUGGAGAAGCUGGUGGUGGAGCUCAGAGCCGCCCGCCUCGAGGCCGAGUCCGCCUCCCGCCUCAAGAGCCAGUUCCUCGCGUGCAUGAGCCAUGAGAUCCGCACGCCAAUGAACGCAGUGAUCGGCAUGACGAACCUAAUUCUCUCCACGCCGCUGACGGAGGAGCAGCAGCAGUAUGUGCACACGAUCCGCACGAGCGGCGACGCGCUGCUGGCCAUCAUCGACGACAUCCUCGACUUCAGCAAGAUUGAGGCGGGCGAGCUCGCCCUCGAGCGCUGCCCCUUCUCGCUCAUGAUGUGCCUCGAGGACGCUGUCGACAUGUUCGCUCUGAAGGCGCUGGACAAACGGCUGGAGCUGGUGUCGUUCGCGGACCCCUCGGUGCCGCCCAUUGCGCAGACCGACCCCGCUCGAGUCAGACAGAUCCUGGUGAAUCUCAUUUCCAACGCGCUCAAGUUCACGCACCAGGGGGAGAUCGUCAUCCGCGCCCGCGCCACCCCCUGGCCCUCCAAACCCGCCUCCUCCUCCCACCCGUCGCCGCAUCCCUACGCCCCCCCUCGCUCCCGCCCCCACACAGUCGACGCCACCACCAUUGCCCCUGGCUCCGCCGCUGCUGUUACCUCCACCACCGGCCAUCAGGCAGGGCUAUUUCCCAUCAACCCGUCUGCACAACCUGCCGCAACCACCCCUGGCACCACCACCACAGCCGCACCCUUCUCCAUCUUCUCUUCCUCGUCCUCCUCCUCGUCCUCCUCCACAACCUCCCUCUCCACCCUCCGCCCCAGCUCGCCCUACCUCUACACCUCCUCGUCCCUCCUCUCAGACUCCACCCUCCCCAGCCACGAGCUGCAUAUCACCGUCACAGACACCGGCAUCGGCAUUCCCCCCGACCGCAUGUCACGGCUCUUCCGGCCGUUCAGCCAGGGGGACGCGAGCACCACGAGGAAGUUUGGGGGGACAGGGCUGGGGCUCGUGAUCUCGAAGCAGCUGGCGGAGAUGCUGGGGGGAAGGAUGUGGGUGGAAAGCGCAGGGGAGGACCGCGGCUCCACGUUUCACUUUACCAUUGCGCUGUACCCUCCGCCGCCUUCAGAGCCGGUUCUCCCAACCCCUGCUCCUGCUGCUGCUGCACCUGCUGCUGCUGGUUGUGCUGCUCCUGCGUUUCUGCCUCUGCCUGUUCGUGCUCCUGCUACUGCUGCUCCUCUCGGGGCUGUGCCCUGCGCUGCCGCUGCUGCAGCCGCUCCUUUGACCACCUCGCAUCGAGCAGUGGCAUCCCAAAUCCCUCCUCCUUCAGCCACAGCCGCCACCACUGCUGUCGCACCAACCGCCGCUGCCACUACCAGUGGCAUGACCACCACUGGCACCACCACUGCUGCUGCUGCUGCUGCUGCUGCUGUUCCUCCUGGGGUUACCGUGGCAGGUAGUACCAUCGAUGCUGCUGCUGCUGCUGCUGCUGGUGCAGCUACUGUUGACAGAGGAGGUGCGAGUGGAGCGAGGGGAGGGCGAGGUGUGAGAGCAGCAGCAGGGGGGAUGGCGGAAAUAGGGUCGCACGCGCGGGUGGAGGCGGAGUGGGAGCAGCGGCAGCGGCUGCGGUCAGCCCUGUACCACCAGAGGCUGAUGGAGAGUACGGGUCUGGUUCAGGCUCAGGCUCAGGGUCAGGUGCCAGGCGUGCAUGGGAGAGGAGAGGGGCAGGUGGUGGAGGGUGCGACUGCAGUGAUGGAUGCGGGGGUGACACGAGAAGGAGAUGUUGGGAUAAGGGCAGGGGUUGCGCCAGGGGUUGCGCCAGGGGUUGCGCCAGGGGUUGCGCCAGGGGUUGGGGCAGGAGCAGGGGCAGGGAGUGGAGAGUGCAAGAGUGGUGCUGUUGUUGACGGUGUGGACAUGGAUGUGGUGGGUGAUGGGAGGAGGGGCAGCAAGCGCAGGCGAGAGGAGAGUGGGGAGGGCUGGAGGGGGGUGGACACGGAGGGGAGACGAAGGGCCAUGGGGGAUGGUGAGAGCAUGGUGGUGGGAGCAGGGGAGACGCAAUGUGGUGCGGGGGGAGCGAACUUGGCAGGUGCAAGAGGUGGCGGUGACAGACCCCUGCAGACCACUGCUGCGGGAUCAACUGAGGGGAGUCUGCAGGAGAGCCAAUUGACCACCCUGCAAUGUGAGGCAGGGGGGCCUGCUUCCGCCACGGCCACCGAGCAGCAGGGCAGAGAGGGCAGAGAGGGCGGAGAGGGCAGAGAGCACGCGGGUGUGGAGGAAGAAGCAGGGGCAGAGCAAGUGCAGGAGGCACGGCGACCUGUGUCAGAAGCGGCAGAGUCACAGGCGCUGCCUGCAGCAGCCCAGCAACAGGCACACGCCCGUGCUGCCACUUCCGCCACUCCGGCCGUUGUCUCCCAACCACCACCCACUCCCUCCCAACACCUCGGGCAGCCAGUCGACCAGCACCACUCACAUGGCACAGAGCCCUUCCAACAACCCUCCCCCUCCCCCUCCCUCUCCCCCCGCUUCCCCCACACUGCUCCGCACUCCUCUCAGCAGACUUCCCACCACACCUCCCCACGCAUCAACCCCCCAAACUCGCAGCCCACGGAACCCCCCAUGGAUCACCAUCCCAAGGAUUCCCAAACAAACCCCCCAACAUACCCCUCCACAGACCCCCCACAGACCCCUCCACAUACCCCCCCACAGCCCCCCCCACUUCCACGGACUACAUUAUGGACCCCAGUGUGAACCCGUCGGCCAUGGUGACC